AUGGCGCUUCUCGUUUGGCUCCUGCUCUUAGCCACGGUCCUACUUACAGCCGGCUGUCCCGACUUUUGUGUUUGUAAAGGUAAGGUUACAAUUAAAAUAGAAUGAUAUUACCAUAGGCAUAAAAAUAGAUCAUGCAGUAAAAUUAUAUAUGAAUAUUUGUGUCAAAAGUAUAAUGAUUGAGUAAUGGUGAACAGUACUGUUAUUAUUAAUACAGUACUUUUUUCAUGAUGACUAUUUAUAGAUGCCCACUCGAUAAAAUGCCAGAAUCUGAAUCCUACUCAACUUAACACGGUAAAACAGUAUUUUACAAAGCAAAACCUCACUCAACUGAUCAAUCUCAGCCUCGUAAACUGUAGUAUCUUCGAUUUGAACUCAAUACCCAAGAAAGCGCUUAGCGGGUUACUGUAUUUAGACUUGUCUUACAAUCACUUAAACGACUUUACUUCCAACAAUGUCAUGCCACACUUGGUUGUUUUAAAAUUGACUGGCAAUCACUUGGUGGUAAGUUCACGUUACUUUGUUAUGUGAGUUUCCUACAAUAUAAAAUAACAUAUAUUUACAAAAUGAUGUAACUUAAAUUAAUAUUUUUUCAGAGUGUACAAAGGUCCUUUUUUGUUACAGUACCCAACGUGGAGGAGAUUUAUUUGAAUUCCAACUCCAUCUUCGUGAUCGAUUGGGAAGCCUUCAGACUCUACAAACUGAAGCACCUUUUCCUCCAGAACAACCACCUCCUGACCAUCAACGAACACAUUCUCCGCUUCAUUCCCAACCUCGAGACUCUCGACCUCAGCUCCAACCAGCUGGUUUCUGUCCAAAGUUCUUCCUUCUUCUCGGCACGGAAGCUCGUCUCUCUGAAUCUGAAGUACAAUCGGCUACAGCGGAUUGACUAUGAUUCGUUUGUGCCAUUACAUCAACUGCAACAUCUAGACUUGGCGUACAACAACCUCAGUCAUGUUCCCACCGGUCUUGGCCAGUUUAUGGGAUUACGGUCGCUGAACUUCAGUGGGAAUCCACUUCAGAUCAUUCAGUCCAAUGACUUCAGUCUACCUAUGCUACAGGUAUGACUUGAUGACAGUUUUUACAAUUUUCAAAAGUAUUUUUUGAAUACAAUUUGAUUGUUACAGUAUCAUCACUUUCAUUCCACUAUCAAUUGUAGGUAUUAUGGAUGUCAGAUUGCCCAAACUUGAAGCUGAUUGAAGUGAACUCGUUCGUUGAAAUGCCCAAUCUUCAGAUGCUGGUCAUCAGAAGCAACCCUAAGUUGACCUACAUAUCUCCGAAAGCUCUGGUCAAUACUACAUCAAUAUACGAGUAAGGGUACAGUAACAAUUCGAACCUUACGGUACUUCUGAUCAUUACUACAAUUGCUUGCUCUUACUAAAAUUUAAAAUUAUUUUAACUUUUAAAGUAGAUAUUUACAUAUAAGUUUUGCUUUAGAAUCGAUCUCCGUAACAAUUUCCUGAGCUCAGUCUUCUUCACCAACAUAACUCCAUCAAAGGUAUGGCUAUCAGGCAACCCUCUACAAUGCAAGUGCAUGUCUGCCAAGCUGGAAACAUUGGACCAGCGAGUAUUCGAUAAACGGGAUCUAAAUUGCAUUAACGGCACGAUGAGGGCAUGCUCGACAGAAGCCGUAACCCCAAUGGGAGACACGAUGGAAGCCGUGAUCGGACAACAGAUCUCUAUCUACUGUCACGGUCAGAUGGAGAACGACCAAGUAACGUGGGAUUACAGAAGGAACGAGAGGAGUCCAGUAGACGGACAUCAUCUGAAGGCGCUACAUUCUCUGAGUAUGCAGCCGAUCGACCAGUUAGAGACCGCACACAACGAAAGGACGCGACAAGUUCAUGGAGAACAACUUCUCAUCGAGGCAGUGACGAAGGACGAUCAGCAAGACUUUGUGUGCAAGCUACACAGGAACGGCACGGUAGUGGGGGAGAAGAAGGUACACUUGACUGUCAAUACACCCAAUGUAAAGUUAUAUCCUAUUGAAAUCGGGUCUCACUAUGUAGCACUUGGCUGGAACUCUUCGCUGGAUAUCAAGUGGACUGCCAAUGUCAGACUGAUGCUGAGUAUCAAGGAUGCACACAACAGUACGUUGAGGGUGAUACAGUUGAACAUACUCAACCCGUGGUACGGCUACAAUGUUAUAAGACUACGGCCAGAGCAGGUUUGUUACUUAUUAUUGAUAUUUGUCGCAUUGUUUCCUAACUUUUAGCCUUUUGAAGUUCAAAACCUGAUAAAUCACUCUGUAUACCUUCCAGAACUACACUUUCUGCCUCUUCUACGAGUUCAUCUACAAUUACCCUGGUGUUAUGUACGAGACCUGUGUCAGUGUCCGUACUUCCCCUAGUAUCAACUUUUGGCAAUCUCUACAUCCAUCUACCAUAAUCAUAAUCGCCACUAUACUCUUCAUACUGUUCGUUUCAAUAUGUUUCCGAGGGCUUUAUGUCAGAUUCUAUAUCUGGCAUCAGACCAAACAAAGAGCCAGGAUGAAUCAGAGUAUCAGCGGCCAGAGCUUCUUGUCCCAUUCUGUGUCUCGGAACGACAACAUCAUGAUGGACAGGUCGAUUCAUAUUGAAAAUCCUAACGCUGUAAGUAAGGACAUAUAUAAACCAAAGAUAUAACUGAAGACAUGAAACAAAGCAAACUACUGAUUUUUGAAGUAAGACAACGUAACUAUUGUUUUCAGAUGAGAAUGUCGUGUAUCCAAUCACCUCAGACUGAAGACACGGAGUUCUCUUUGCUUGACAGUACAUAA